GAAACAUAGCAAAACUCAAAUUAUCAUUUUAUUUUUUUUAUUGGUGUUCUUGAAAAAUGUGAAAGUUUGUCAUUGUUAUUUUCCAGACCAAUUUUGACAAAUUGCAUUCGGAAUACGAGUGAAAACAAAAUAACAAAGAACCCUAAAUGUCAUUUCAAUGCAACUGAGGCGCUGCAUAUGGACUGUACUUCUGGUGGUGAUUUUGCACAUUACAAGUACAACUCCAGUACCGUUUCGUAGUGACGAUUAUUUUUAUUUGGAACCCGACAUGGAUGAUGAUAUGGACUAUAUGCAGAGUGCCAAUUUAGCCGACGACGACUAUCAACCAAACGAAUCUGAAUCGGACUAUCUUAUGUUUCCCCGCUCAGCGGAGACGACGACAGAAUGUGAAACCGAACCGCCCAAACAUGUAGAAGCACACACGCCCAGCACGCAUAGUGUAGUGGCAACUACCUGUGUAGCUAUUAUACCGGGACAAUCGGCUAAAAAUGAAAUGCCCGCAACCGAAAAGCCACAAACAGCACAGCCAAGUAUAACGAUGACAUCUCAAACGGCUACAACGUUACCACCGCCAACAACAUCAGCGCCACCAACAUCAGCACCACCUGCAGUAACCACCACUGUUGCUCCACAAGCCACGACAACUCAUGCGACGCAUACGACGACAUGUACGCCAGAAGUCGAGACAACAACAUGCAUACCGGAGGAAGACUCAGCACAAAAGCAAGGCGCCAUGCCCUAUCCAUAUAUGCGUCCAGUAGAGGCGACCACAUGUAUGUCGGUGAAGAGUUUAGCUGGUGGCGCUGGUAACGGUUCCUAUGACGGCAUACUAAUGCCGCCAUCUGCGGUUUUUCCACCUGUUUCUCUGACAGAGCAGGAGGGUAAAACUCGCGCGCUGCACUCACUCGUGCAACAUCUGUAUGUGGCGCAGGCGCGCGUCCAACUCGAAGCCAUUGAAAUCAAGAAGGCACAAGCCGUCGCUAAUUCGGCGCAACAACAGUUGGAAGAGGCCGCUAACCAUGUGCGCAGCGUGACAGCGGCGUUGCAGAAUGCCCAGCAGGAGGUUGCUUCGGCGGCAAUACGCGCCCAAACGGCGCAACUACAGUUAGCCGCGCACGAUCAACUGCUCUUUGCAGCGCGUCAAGAUGUGGAUGCGCUCUCCUCGCAAAUGGUCGGUUUGCAGGCGGCGGAAGGUAUUUCUGUGCCGACCGUGAAAUUCGAUAUCGGUAGCUUAUUGGAUAAGUUAAAACAACCGUUGGCAGCUGCGGAGCGACCGACAGCAGUGCCGCCGGUGUUAUCAAUGCAAGAGCAGGCACCAGCCGAGCCGGCGCCACUUUAUGUUGACUAUGAUUACGAUUAAGUUUGAAAUAUGCCUUUUACUCCCUCUAUGUAUAUCUAUACAUCGAUAUCUAUCUAUUAUAUCUUUAGUCCCUCAUAUCUAUAUGUACGCCUGUAUAUUUUUUUAAACUGUAUUUCUGAAACGAUUUGUGUUGUUUUGUGCACUUCACUUCAUAAAAGAAGAGUGUUUCUUGUAUUUUCGAUUAUUUUAUUUAAUUUACAUGUCCACUCACAUUCAAUAACCACAAUAAAUGACUAUUUAUGAUA